CCAGUUUCAGUUUUGGGAUCAUCAGAAUCAAAUCACUCUCUCUCUCUCUCUCUCACUCCACUAUCAGCGAGUGGCAACAAUGGUGGAACUCACAGAAGAACAGCGAAAACGAGCGGAAGCCAACCGCGCCGCCGCCAUCGCAAAACGCAAAGCCUUCUUAGAAUCCUCCAACAACCACCACGCCCCACCACAACGAGACCCAUGGCACCUUUUCAAAUGCCAGAAAUUCUCCCACCCCCAACCACAACCACCACCACCACCACAACUUCCUCCUCCCAAAUUCCUCGCCUCCCUCGAAAUUUGCGCCCCCGAUUCCUUCUCCGUCACCCCUCACCCUCUCCCCGAUUUCCCCUUCCCUCCGCCGCACACUUGCUUCCAGAUUCUCAACUCCAUUCUCUCUCAGGUCGUGCCGUCGCACUUUACGCAGACCAGCGCUGGUGGCCAGGCCUGCGUCUUCAAGCUGGUGGACUACGCCGCGGUAUUGAAGCGGCUCAAGGCCGCGCCGGAGGUCCAGGUUGAGGAAAUUCCGUGGGGGACGUUAAAUGUGGUUGAGAGGCUGUCACAUUCGUUCGCGGCGGGGCGGUGGAUGCCGGUGAGGCCUGAGCACCUGAGUGAUGAGGAGGUUGAUUGUCUUAUCGAGAAGCUGCCGGGGACUAUUCGCCGUGCCUUGCUCCCUUUCCAGAUGGAUGGUUUGAGGUUUGCCCUCAGAAGAGGUGGCCGAUGCCUCAUCGCGGACGACAUGGGCCUAGGGAAAACCCUUCAGGCUAUUGCUAUUGCAGGAUGUUUCAGGGAUGAAGGGCCUAUACUUGUUGUUUGCCCUGCAGUUUUGCGGUAUUCGUGGGCGGAAGAGUUGGAGCGUUGGCUUCCUUUAUUCUUGCCUGCUGAUAUUCAUCUCGUUUUUGGCCAUCAAGACAAUCCUGUACAUUUAAAAAGAUGUCCUAGAGUAGUGGUUAUUUCUUAUACCAUGCUCCAUCGUCUAAGGAAGAGCAUGCUUGAGCGUGAGUGGGCUCUUUUAAUUGUUGAUGAAUCCCAUCAUGUGCGAUGUACACAGAAAGCCUCAGAACCAGAAGAGAUAAAGGCUGUUCUUGAUGUGGCUUCGAAAGUCAGGCGUAUAAUUCUGCUAUCAGGGACACCUUCUUUGUCAAGGCCAUAUGACAUAUAUCAUCAGAUAAAUAUGUUAUGGCCAGGUUUGCUGGGGAAGAAUAAAUAUGAGUUUGCAAAAACUUAUUGUGAUUUGAAAUAUAUGAAGGGCGUGCAAGGAAAAUAUUUUGCGAACUAUUCAAAAGGAGUUCGCUUGGAGGAGUUGAAUGUAUUACUAAAGCAAACUGUUAUGAUAAGGCGUCUGAAGGAGCAUGUGAUGCUACAGUUACCUCCAAAACGACGGCAAAUUAUAAGACUGUUGUUGAAGAGAUCUGAUCUAGUUGCUGCAAAAACUGCAGUUGGGCCAUUGAAAAUUGAUGCAUCUGAAAAUGCAAAUGAAGACAUGCCUUUGGAAAAUUUCGAUGAACCUGAUGGAAAGCUCUCUUAUCAAGAACUUGGAAUUGCAAAGCUUUCUGGGUUUUGUGAAUGGCUUUCCCUCCAUCCACUUAUUGAAGGAUCAGAGAAUGCUUCAAAGAUGUUAAUUUUUGCUCAUCACCACAAAGUUCUUGAUGGAGUUCAGGAGUUUAUAUGUGAGAAAGGAAUAAGUUUUGUGCGAAUUGAUGGAAAUACUCUUGCUAGAGACCGACAAUCAGCAGUUGUCUCAUUUCGUUCAUCACCAGAGGUUAAAAUUGCGAUAAUAGGUAUUCUAGCAGCAGGUUUUGGACUUGAUUUCUCAAUAGCACAAGAUGUUGUGUUCUUGGAGCUGCCUCAGUGCCCAACUGUGAUGCUUCAGGCUGAGGAUAGAGCUCAUCGACGAGGACAAACAAAUGCAGUUAAUGUAUACAUAUUUUGUGCUAAGGAUACUUUGGAUGAAUCACAUUGGAAAAAUUUGAACAAAAGUUUACAUCGUGUUUCAUGUACAACAGAUGGCAAAUAUGAUGCAAUGAAAGAGAUAGAGGUUGAAGGUAUUUCUUAUUUAGACCCAUCUUUGAAAACUGAAAGUCUUGAAAAGAAAUCGACUUUCAAAGAUGCAUCAAGUGAAAUACAAGUGGAUAAGCACCCUUCCGCAGUAAAUUCAAAUGAAUCAGAAGCAAGUCAAGAUGAUAAAUCUGAUGAGCCGGCGUCUUUUGAAAAUAACACAAUUCAGGGUGCUAAUAUUAUGGAUGAAAAUGUUCCCUGCCUAGAUUUAGGCAAGGAUUCAGUUUUGGAUGGCAAUCUUGAUGUAGAUGUUUCUUACACUGUGGAGAGAUGUUCUAAAAAGUGUUUGAAAGACGAUAAAGUAAUUGAGGAUAAAAAAUCAAUUUCAACAACAGAUGCAGAUGACAACCAGCCUGUUCUUUCAGUUGGAGCUGAUGGACAUUUCUCUAGUCAAGCUGAUUCUCUGAGAUUUGAGGUGAGCCCAUACACUGGAAGGGUCCACUUGUAUGCUUGUGUUUUGGGUACAGACACAAGACCACAGCCACUUUAUGAAAAUUUCCGACCAGAGGAACUUGAGUUGCUAAGUUCUGCUGCUGUUGAUGAGAAACAGAGUGUAGAGUCUCUGUCUGUCAAGGAUAACCCUGCUUAUAGGCAUGCACUUCUGGAUUUUGCUAAUGAAUGGAAGAACUUGAGGUCAAUUGAGCGCAAGAAGUUACAUGGAAAACCAUUACAACUUCCUUUAGCUGUUGAAUUGUGCUAUUUGAGUGAAAGCAAUAACCACAACAAGAAGGGAUUAUUAAAUGGUGGAAGUAGACGUCGCAAGACACCUUUAAUGGAGGUUAGCUAUCCUUUACCAUCAGGUGCUAUUUGGAAAAAAAUUAAUCUCCGAUGGGGCCUCGGUAAGAAGGAAAAAGAAUACUCUCAAGCCUGGAGUCUGGAAGAUGAGCCACUCUGUAAGCUUUGUCAGAAGCAGUGCAUGGGUGACAAUGCCAAGACACCUGAAUUUUUUGAAGAUCUUUUUUGUAACCUUGCCUGUUAUGAAGAGUAUCGCAUGAGAACUAGCAACAGAUUCCUUCGUCAGGAACUGUUCCAAAUUGAACAAGGCGUAUGUACAAAUUGCCUAUUGGAUUGUCAUAAGCUAGUUGUGCAUAUAAGACCUUUGUCAAUGAAAAGACGGCGGGAGUAUAUCGAGAAAGUGGCUCCAAAAAUUGCGAAGCGGGAGAAGAUGCUUGAGAAGCUUGUCAAUGAUCCAACUGAAGGCAAUGCAUGGCAUGCUGAUCAUAUUAUUCCAGUAUAUCAAGGCGGAGGUGAAUGCAAACUGGAAAAUAUGAGAACUCUGUGUGUGGCCUGCCAUUAUGAUGUUACUGCUGCACAGUGUGCUGAACGACGUUCAAUAAGAGCAAAUGCCAGGAAACAACUAAAAAUGUUAUUGAAUAGCAUGGAAAAUGGUAUGCAGGGUGCUGGUGGCACUAAUAUUAAGGACCACACGCCUCUCGAGGUACACGGGAGCACGCCUGAGGAUGAGCUUUUAGUCAUUGUUCCUGGAAGUGCCUACUCUCUAGCUGACAGCUAAGUGUGCGUUGUUACUUACCCGUCGCCGCUGCCAACAUAAAUGCAAGUUAAUGCCAACGAGCAUCCUGAGGUAGGCAAUGGAGAGUCAAAUGGAGAUCCAAACAUAGCCUUAUAUGAAAUUGGAGGUGCAAUGUGGUUGCGAUCCUGAACAACUGCAGAUGGGAAAAAAAAAAUGCAAUAUAAAUUUUGUAGCCACAAGAAGGAAGCUCCAUGUGGUGCAGUUGGAUAUAACUCCAGAAGGUUACAGUCUUCCUGGAAGAUUCCAUCCAUGGUUAUUUGAGGAAAUUCUUUGAACUGAUUUUUGUGGCGUCUUGUUUAGUUGGAAAGCAUGCAGCCGUCAACAUGUGAAUUUAGAAAAAGCCCUUAGAGUGUGUUUGGAUGGAGGAUUGUAAAAAUCCAAGGGAUUUUAAAUGCUAGGGAAUUCAAUUGCAUCAAUUGAAUUCCCUUGAUUUUCAAAUUCCCUUGUUUGGAUAAGGUGAUGCAAUUCCCUCAAUUGAAAAUUCCUUGUUUGGGUAAUGUAAUUAAAUUUCCUUUA